GACGCAGAGGCCACGCAUGUUGAAGCAUGCAGUGUGUUGUGCAGAAAUCCAACACCCAUUCUGAAAGACUUUGCUAACUUUGCUAGCAGCCUGCCAUACACAACUCAAUGAGUUUUAAAAUGGCUAAAGUUUUAGUUAUAAGCCCUUCCAUUUGCAAAAGUUUGAAACAUGUUCAAACAAUCCACGCGAGGGGACUUAGUGUUGGCGCAGCGUGCUUGGGUUCAGUGAAUCUAAAGGGGCGCAGUUUGCUCACACUGAAAGAUUUUAAUUCAGAUGAAAUCAAGAGACUUCUGUGGGUGUCGGGGGAUUUGAAACACAGGAUCAAAAAGGAAAACCAGUACCUUCCUCUUCUAAAAGGGAAAUCGAUUGCCAUGAUAUUUGAGAAGAGGAGCACCCGAACCAGAAUGUCCACUGAAACAGGUUUUGCUCUUCUGGGAGGUCACCCGUGUUUCCUCACCUCCCAAGACAUCCAUCUCGGUGUCAACGAGAGCUCUACAGAUACCGCAAGGGUCCUCUCUGGGCUGUGUGACAUCGUGCUGGCCAGAGUGUACAGCCACUCUACAUUGGAAGAGCUGGAGAAAGAAGCCACCAUACCCAUCGUUAACGGCCUGUGUGAUCUUUACCACCCGAUCCAGAUCCUGGCUGACUUUCUGACCUUGCAGGAGCAUUAUGGGAAACUGGACGGUCUGACGGUGAGCUGGAUCGGAGAUGGAAACAACGUGCUCCACUCCUUCAUGAUGACCGCGGCCAAACUCGGCGUCCAUCUUAGGAUCGCCACCCCCAAGGGUUAUGGGCCAGAAGCCAGCGUGGUUCAGGAGGCACAACGACUCUCCAAAUUGCACGGCACCCAGUUAGUUAUGACCUCUGACCCGAUGGAGGCAGCAAAAGGCAGCGAUGUUCUGGUCACUGACACCUGGGUCAGCAUGGGACAGGAAGAGGAGAAGAAGAAGAGGCUAAAAGACUUCCAUGGCUACCAGAUCACCAAUAAGACAGGAAGUAUGGCCAAUCCAGACUGGACCUUCCUGCACUGUCUCCCUCGUAAACAAGAGGAGGUGGAUGACGAGGUGUUCUACUCCCCCCGCUCCCUGGUCUUCCCUGAGGCCGAGAACAGGAAGUGGACCAUCAUGGGUCUUAUGGUCUCUCUGCUGGUUGACUACACCCCACAGACUAAAAUGCCAAGGUUUUAGCCUCAACGUUACACUGUUAAUGUUUACAUUUUGAGGGAAGACUAGAUGAUUAUUCUCACUGUUUUGCGUUAUCAAUUUAUUAAAGUUAAGAAUUUUUAAAGA